AUGGGAAACGGAGCCAAAGCCGCCUCCAAGCGCGAGCGCAACGCCAAGGACACCAAGGCUGGUGGCAAGUCGCAGUUGAAGACCAACGAAGCUGCAAAGGACAUCAUCUGCCAGACUUGCAGGACGACUUUCCUCAAGACUACUCGUGCGCCGGCCUUGACUGAGCAUGCUGCCAACAAGCACAACAAGACCCUGCAGGACUGCUUCCCCAACUUUGUGGAGGCCCCUAAGAAAUGA